AUGCUAAAGACCUGCAGCUAUUUGCCUUGUACAAUUUGCUCAUUUCUCUUUAUUUCUCUCUUUUCCUGCACUGAUCACUUAAAGGACAAUCUCUCUUGCAAACAAAAUCCCCGGAGCCUCAUUAGAGGGACUGAAGGCUCCCACACACGGAUUGCCUGCCAGCCACAGCACGGCGGAGCGGGCCCGACAGGAGGCGGAGCGGGCCGCUGCACGUCCCCCGGCCGGUCGGCCGGCCCCCCCGCCAUGGGUCGGAAGCGCUGCGUGGGGGGAGACGGCUCCAAGAUGGCGGCGGGUUGCUGCGGGGUGAAGAAGCAGAAACUCUCCAGUUCCCCUCCUUCGGGCUCGGCCGGCGCAGGAGGCGGCGGCAACGGCUCCCACUGCGGCGGGGCGGCGGCGGCGGGGGGCGAGCCGGGGACGUUGCCCCCGUCAGGGGGCCCGCGCCUCAACGGCCUUGGGGCGCUGGCGGGGGGCGCCUCCGGCUGUGCUCUCUCCUCGCCGCUGCCGCCCAGCUGCGGCGGGGGCUCCGCCGGCCUCUCCCCGCCGGCCGCCGCCUCGCUGCUCUCCUCCCCCGGCUCUGGCGGGCCCGCCUGCAGGAAGAUGGUGGUGUCGGCCGAGAUGUGCUGCUUCUGCUUCGAUGUGCUCUACUGUCACCUGUACGGCUACCAGCCCCCGCGGAGCCCCCGCUUCACCAACGACCCCUACCCACUGUUUGUAACGUGGAAGAUCGGUCGAGAUAAACGAUUGCGUGGAUGCAUAGGUACUUUUUCUGCCAUGAACCUGCAUUCAGGACUCAGGGAGUACACACUUACUAGUGCCCUUAAAGAUAGUCGUUUCCCCCCAAUGACGAGGGAUGAGCUGCCACGGCUUUUCUGCUCAGUGUCUCUACUCACUAACUUUGAAGAUGUAUGUGACUACAUGGACUGGGAGGUGGGUGUACAUGGCAUUAGAAUAGAAUUCAUCAAUGAAAAAGGAUCAAAACGCACCGCCACCUACUUACCGGAGGUUGCAAAGGAGCAAGGAUGGGACCACAUUCAAACCAUAGAUUCAUUAUUGAGGAAAGGAGGCUAUAAAGCUCCGAUUACUAAUGAAUUCAGGAAAACAAUAAAGCUAACCAGGUACCGUAGUGAGAAGAUGACAAUGAGCUACACAGAGUACCUUGCCCAUCGUCAGCAUCAUCACUUCCAAAAUGGUAUUGGGCACCCCCUUCCACCGUAUAACCAUUAUUCCUGA